AUGUAUGUGGACUUGCGCAUCAAUGGGCUCACAUUUCGCAUGGUAUCGGUUUACAUGCCACAUGCAGGAUAUCCGACGGAAGACUUGAUGCAAACGUAUGAUUCUCUGCACUGCGUACUAGAAGGCGCGCGAAAAAGGAACAUAGCAUAUGUUGUCGGAGGCGAUUUCAACACUCAGCUACAUGUUGGUCCGCGCGGAGACUUGCUCAUGCAGACAGCUCACAUGUUCAGCAUGGUCAUCGCAAAUGCAGAGCAAGAACAUGACAGUUGGACGUUUUGCAGUUCAAUGGGGGUACGACGUCGUUUGGAUUUUGUGCUUUGUAGUACUGGUUUUGACGUUACGCAUGGUGGAGCAACUGACUUGCUGGAUUUGGGGUCCGAUCAUCGAGCGGUACGUGCGGCCCUUGAGGUGACCGGGCCGCGUAGCCUCCAAGGACGCAAGCCAGUCGCACGCAAGCAACGCUGGUCACCGUCUGUCGCAGAAAAGCGCAGGUAUCAGAUAAACUUGGACACCUGUCUUCAACAGUCGGCGCUGGUCAACAUGUAUGAGCUUGAAUCUUGCGUCGCGCGUUGUGCUAAACUUGCGAGCCAACAAACUGCACAGCGUGAUUUGGCCGAUGUGAAGCCUUGGCAACGUCAGGAUUUUCAGGACUUGCUUGCUCAACGUCGGCAGUGCAGGGACAGAGAGGGUCGUGCUCGGCUUUCCAAACAGAUACGUGCUCAUCUUCGCAGGCAUAUGAGAGACAGAAGAAAUCGCCGGGUGAAUGACAUUCUUUCGGAAUUUCGUUGUUUGAAUCGGAUUGAGGAUGUUUACCACAACCCUUGCAAAGCAGUAAAAAACACCAGGGAGGGUCCAUCGCCACAUGAAUUUACAAAGUAUUUGGAGGACAUUUUCACGCCUGACCGCAUGGAAAUGCAAGAUCCGCAUGUGGGCUCGCAUGAUGUCGUGCCACCAUUCCACCUUCAUGAGCUGAAACAAGCGAUCAAGAACUUGCGGCAUGGCAAGGCCGCAGAUUGCGAUGGGCUGGUGCUGGAGAUGUUUUCGUUUGCAAGUGAUAACCUAUUGACGUGCUUGUUGGGUUUGUACAACAAGGUGCUAUCGACCGGUUAUGUGGAGCAGUCAUGGAAAAAUACCGUUUUUACCAUGCUGCCUAAAGCGGGCGACAAGUCUUUGGUACAGAACUGGCGUCCGAUUGCGGUCCUCAAAAUUACGUACAAAAUUUUUUCCAAGCUACUAUUGGGACGCUUGGCUCCUUUGAUGGAACCCACACUGUCACCAGACCAAAUGGGCUUCCGUCCUUGUACAGGGGUGGAACACGCGUUAGUGGUGCUUGAUUCAAUGCUCGGGAAGUGUGCGGAAUGGGGAUGCGCAUUGUGGUGUGCAAGUCUUGAUUUACGCAAAGCCUUCGAUCGAGUUAAUCACGAGUCACUUUUUGCAGCGUUGGAUGCGGCUGGCAUGCCUGGUGCAUACGUUUCUUUGCUGAGAUCCUUAUACACGUCACAAACGGGCGCUGUCAGAGAUGGUCGGCCAUUUCAUAUACGGCGUGGGGUCAAGCAAGGUGAUGUUCUCAGCCCUCUCCUCUUCAACGUUGCCUUGGAAUAUGCGUUGGAUAAAUGGAAGCAGCGUCUCAGUCAUCAUGGGUGGGAUGUUGGAACUGCAGUGCGAUUGACAAACAUUCGUUUUGCUGACGAUCUUCUGCUGUAUGCGAAGUCUUGUAGUGAACUUACCACAAUGAUCACGUUCUUGAAGCAAGAGCUGUGCAAAAUUGGCUUGGAAUUGAAUGCAGACAAAACCAAGAUAUUCACAACGUUGUCUCUCGAAUUACCAAUGUACAUUGAAGUUGAUGACGAUUUGCUGGAAGUGUUGUUCGAAGGCAAGACGCACAAAUAUCUGGGGCGCUCCCUAUCCGGAAAUGUUACAAAAAGGGCAGCUGUCGAAGUCGCUCACCGUUCACAAGUGGCUUGGGGGAAGUUCAUGAAACACAAGCACGUUCUGCAGAACAAACAUAUUGCAGUUCGUAAUCGGCUGAAGUAUUUCGAUGCUGUGAUUACUCCCACUGUGCUGUUCAGCUUGCACGCGCUGCCUCUGACCCAGAAGCAACUUCAUGACCUCAAUAUCUUGCAAAGGCGUAUGCUACGUUCUAUUGUUGGUUGGCGACGGGUGGAUGGUGAACCAUGGUCUGACACCAUGACGCGCAUGAAUCAACGGGUCGCCUCCGCCCUCCAACAGCACCCUGUCACUGCGUGGGAUCAGCAAUUGCUGUCUAGGCAGUACAACUUUGCGGCAACCGUGACGAGAAGUCAAUGGCCGAGCUUGGUUUGCAAAUGGGAUCCCAGAACUCGGUGGUCAGCGAAUACGACAACACGACCCACUAGAAUUGUGGGCCGGCCCCGUGCAAAAUGGGAUGAUCGACUGUCAAAGUUUGCUGCCCAAUGCUUCCCAAACUAUGUGAGCUGGAUUGAUGCUGCGUGUGAUGUUGAGCGUUGGAAGCUCAAAAAAGCUGAGUACAUAGAAAUGUUCAAAGUGGAAAUGUAA